CCAUCACUACGCACCAAGGCUGCUGUUGCUAAGACUCCUCCUUCUGCUGUUGUGCGGGGUGCAGUGGAGCAGAAGUAAAAGUGGUCAUCUGGGAUGUCGAACAAUCCCAAACCUAGCAGCAACUUCUCAACUGUCAAGUCACAGCUGCCGUUUAACGCAGGUGUACAAAGGAAGCUGGAUAUGAAUUAUCAGGAUCCAACGAGGAAUGAUAAAUUCCUGCAAGGCUCUGUUAACCAACAACCAAAAUAUCGACCUCCCGGAAGGAACAUUCCAAGCAAUCCAAUGGUUGGUUCCAGAGUGCAGAAUUUUGCCGUUUCUGAUGCAGCUGAUAAGCUGGGAAACAUGAAUAUUGGCUCUGGCAGAGGACCUACAAUGCAGCCAGUAGCUAAGCCAAUGAAGGCAGGAGGAUGGCAUGGGCAGCACGACUUGUUCCAUGGACGGUCUAAAGAGUUUCUUCCGGGGAGAAGCUUUUCAAGGAAAGUUGCUGGAUGAAUAAAUGCCAUAGCUGAGAGUUGCCCUACUUUGUUCUAGUGUUCUAAUCGCGAUAAUAGUCUUUAUGUGCAUGGCUAAAUUUGAUGUUACUUUGGUGAAGCCAGCAGUAUUUG